AGAAGGGCGGGGGGCAUUUUGAACCAAUGUGGGAAUUACGCCUUCGGCUCUGUGCGUUGAUUCGUCUCUGUCUGUGUGUGUUUUGUUACUUCACAGACCAUUACAAUUUCACGUUAUCCUCCACCAACAUGGCGGCCGCAGCGCCCAAUAUUGACGACUCGAGCCGGAACGGCGGCGGCAGCAGCGGCGGGGGCUGCGCCGCCACGGCCCUGCCGGGCGACGGCGACGCGGAAGAGGCCGAGGAUUUCACCUCGUCCUCCCACUGCUCGGAGCUGUCUCGCCGGCAGAACGAGCAGAGGAAGCGCGGCCUCUUCUGCGACGUGACGCUGGCCUUCAGCAGCGGGGCGGCCGCCGGGGCCGUGCCGAGCUGCGAGUUCGCGGCUCACCGCUCCGUCCUGGCCGCCGCCACCGACUACUUCACCCCGCUGCUGGGGGGGCAGUUUUCGGAGUCGCUCUCCGGCCGGGUCGAAAUGAAGGAGUGGAGCUCCGAGAUGGGGCCAGACCCGGAGACCGUGGAGAGCGUCAUACAGUACAUGUACACCGGGGAGAUCCGGGUCAGCACCUGCAACGUCCACGAAGUGUUGGAGCUGGCGGACAGGUUCCUGCUGCUGCAGCUGAAGGGGUUCUGCGGGGACUUCCUGAAGAAGAAGCUGAGCCUCGCUAACUGCGUGGCCGUCCACAGCCUGGCCCACAUGUACUCCCUGGACCAGCUGGCCCUGAAGGCGGCCGACAUGAUCCGGCGCAACUUCCACAAGGUCAUCCAGGACGAGGAGUUCUACACCCUGCCCUUCCACCUGGUGCGGGACUGGCUCUCGGACACGGAGAUCACGGUGGACUCGGAGGAGGUGCUGUUCGAGGCCAUCGUCAAGUGGGUGCAGAGGAGCCCCGAGGAGCGGGAGAGGUACUUCGAGGAGCUGUUCCGGCUGCUGCGGCUGCCGCAGAUCAAGCCCACCUUCCUGACCCGGAUGGUCAAGGCGGAGAGGCUGGUGGCCGAGAACGAGGCGUGCCUCCGGCUGGUGUCCGAGGCCGUGGAGGGGCACGCCAUCCGCUUCGAGAACCUCAAGACGGCCGACCUGGAGUUCUGGGCCUCCUACAUGGCCGCCUUCCAGCCGCGCUUCGGCCAGAACAUGGACGUGAUCAUGGUGGUGGGGGGCGUCUCUGAGGGCGGGGACUACCUGAGUGAGUGUGUGGGCUACUUCGUGUACGAGGACCGCUGGGUCAACCUGCCGCACAUCCACAACCACUUGGACGGCCACGCCAUCACCGCCACCGAGUCCCACGUCUACGUGGCCGGGUCCAUGGAGCCCGGCUUCGCCAAGACGGUGGAGCGCUACAGCCCCAACCGCAACACCUGGGAGCAGGUGAGCAACCUCACCACGCGCAAGCACUCCUUCGGGCUGACCUGCGUCAAGGACAUCCUGUACAGCAUCGGCGGCCACGGCAACUUCAGCCCCGGCUUCAAGGACGUCAGCGUGUACGAGCCGGAGCAGGACAAGUGGCACAACCUGGAGUCGGCGCCCAAGAUCUUGCGGGACGUCAAGGCCAUCAGCGUGGAGGACCGCUACGUCUACAUCUCGGCCCGAACGCCCGUGGACACGGACAGCGACGACGGGCUGAAGACCAUCACCACGCGCUACGACACCGAGAGCCGGCAGUGGCAGGACGUGGACUCCCUGCCCCUCAUCGACAACUACUGCGUCUUCCAGAUGGCCGUGGCUCACACCAACUUCUACAACACCGCCUCCUGCUGCCCCAAGAGGUACGCGGUGCGCGAGGAGGCCGCGCGGCAGAAGAUCAGCGCCCGCAUCUCGGACGAGAUCCUGGAGAGCCUGCCCCCGGAGGUCAUCAGCAUCGAGGGGGCCGCCGUCUGCUACUUCGGCGAGGACGUCUUCAUCAUCGGGGGCUGGAAGAACAGCGACGACGUCGACAAGCAGUACCGCAAGGAGGCGUACCGCUACUGCGCCGAGCGGAAGCGCUGGAUGCUCCUGCCGCCCAUGCCCCAGCCCCGCUGCCGCGCCACGGCCUGCCACAUCCGCAUCCCCUACCGCUACCUGUACGGCUCCCAGCGCUACCCCAUGCCCCAGAAUCUGGCCCGCCAGCGGGACCGCAUGCAGCAGAUGCAGCAACUGCACCGGCGCACUCUCACUCUCCGGCGGCAGCUGCAGUCACAGAUCGAGUGUUGAGCUCUGUCCCCAACCCCCCCCCGGCCCCCCAGACAUUUCCCUCGGGCCCCAGCACGAGACCUGCUCUCCCACAAUCUCUUGCCUGAACCGUUGUUGUUGCUGGUUUUUUUGGGGGGCGGUUUUUGCUUUGAAUUCUCCGGGGUCGCGCCGGGUGGCUCGGCAGGUAAUAGCCCUUGUUCUGAGCGCCCCGGAUGGUGCCGGCCCGAACCCGGCUAACGGACGGGUCCCGAGCUGGGGUUGUGCAGACGGUAGCCAAACUGGUCUUCCCUGCUGUUGGGGGUGAAACGGCCAC